UUGUACCUAUGUACCUAUUGUAGUUGUUUUUCUUUUGGGUUAUUACUUAUUCAUCGUGUUUAUUGCAAUAAAAACUUAAUUAACUCAAAGUAAUUAAGGUUCAAGCACAAGUAGUAAGAUGGAGACGAUUUUGGAACAGCAAAGAAGUUAUCAUGAAGAGAGAGAACGGACCAUGGAUGCUAUGGUGAAGGAGAUUCUUCAUAAGAAAACAGGGCAUCGAGAGACUAUCAACGCCGAUCAUCGACUUAAAAACUUACAUGAUAGAUACAUUGAAUCAACGAUCAGAUUGAAAGAGUUGUAUGAAGACAAGGAUGGACUAAGAAAAGAGGAAAUUGCUGCAUUGUCCGGUCCAAAUGAGUUUCAGGAGUUUUAUAUUAGGCUCAAGCAAAUAAAAGAAUUUCAUCGGAAACAUCCUCAUGAGAUUUGUGUUCCAAUGUCAGUUGAGUUUGAAGCAUUAGCCAAAGUUCGGGAAAACCCUGGAGAAGAUACGUCAACUUUAGUUGAAUUUACUGAUGAAGAAGGAUAUGGAAAGUAUUUGGAUUUGCAUGAAUGCUAUGAAAAGUAUAUAAACUUAAAGGGAAUUGAGAAAAUAGAUUACAUCACUUAUUUGAGCAUAUUUGAUCAUUUAUUUGAUAUACCAAGGGAAAGGAAGAACAGCGAAUACAGAAACUACAUCAGGGCAUUACUUACUUAUCUGAAAGACUUUGUGAGCCGAGUCAAGCCCCUGCAGGACCAAGCUCAAGAGAUGGCUUUGGCUCAUCAGGAGUUCUUAAAACAAUGGGAGGCAGGCACUUUCCCUGGAUGGCCGAAAGAAACUGGUGGUGCAUUGACCAAUAUUGGUGCACAUUUGGAUCUGUCAGCCUUUUCAUCAUGGGAGGAGUUGGCGUCUUUGGGUCUGGACAGACUUAAGUCUGCUCUGAUGGCUUUGGGGUUGAAAUGCGGUGGGACUUUGGAAGAGAGAGCACAAAGAUUGUUCAGUACCAAAGGACAAACGGCUCUUGAUAAAUCAUUGGUCGCUAAAAAGGGUGGCAACAAAGCAAAGGCCUCCACUCAACAGCGUCAUAAAGAUAUUGCUGCAAUAGAAGCACAAGUGUACAGAUUCGCCAAUAUAGUGAGUAGUACACGGUCAGCGACCAUAGAGAACGUGACGCGACGGGCAGCCCGCGCGGCCGGCGAGCGACGCGACGAAAGCGAAGAUGAGAGUGACGCGUCUGUUGGUGCUGAUGUCGACUCUGAUGAUGAUGAGGUGCCAUACAAUCCCAAAAACCUACCACUUGGAUGGGAUGGAAAGCCCAUACCCUACUGGCUGUACAAACUUCACGGCUUGAACAUCAGUUACUCCUGCGAGAUUUGCGGUAACUACACGUAUAAGGGACCAAAGGCCUUCCAACGCCACUUUGCAGAGUGGCGCCACGCCCACGGCAUGAGGUGUCUGGGAAUACCGAAUACCGCUCAUUUUGCCAAUGUCACUCAAAUCGAAGAUGCCCUUGCCUUGUGGGAAAAAAUUAAGAACCAGAAGGAAAACGAAAGGUUUGUUGCGGAAAAUGAUGAAGAAUUUGAGGAUUCACAAGGAAACGUUGUCAAUAGAAAGACUUAUGAGGACUUGAAACGACAAGGUCUUUUGUAAUUAUUUAUGUGUAUAAAAUUUAAGACAUUCGAAAUAAAUAAAAUUCCUUAGUACUCAUA